ACAACUUGUGCUUCUAAACUACUACUGCCUUUUUUUGGUUACUGGGUUUUGGGUGAUUUGUGUUGUUUCAGGUCUGCAUUGGCGUAUCUAUGCUUAUUGAGUCUAACUUGCCUAAAAAAAGAGAAGCCCUUUCUUUGCUUUUGUGGGUGCUCAAGGAAGAAGAUCAAGGGGGUUAGCUUUCACACUCAGAUCACUGCAAAGGUAGAUAUCUUUUAAUCUCUUGGUAUAAAGUGAGAUCGGCAAUACAGACUGUUGUGUUUUCUGGAGAACCAGGGAUGUCAUCUGAGAGUUUGAAUGCUGAAUUAUCAAAGAAGACGUCAGUUUUGGGUUUGAAACUAUGGGUUUUAAUAGGAAUAUCUGUAGGAGUGUUUAUAAUUUCGAUUCUUUGUGUCUUAUCUGUAUGGAUUACAUUUCAGAGGAAAUCUAGGAGAUCAGUGGACAAAUACUGCCAUUCUAAAAUACCAAAUAUAUCAAAAGAUAUUAAGAUUGACAGGGUUGGGGUUCAUUCCAAUGAUCACCAUGAAAGUGCAUUUCUCACGAUCAAUGAUAAAUCGAGUGACAAGAAUUCAGAUAAAAUGCUAGCUCAUUUGGGAAUGAGCAAAUCUAGUGAUCCUGACAUUGCCAGCCAAAGCAGCUCAAUUUAUCACAACGAGAGGACCUGUAGUUCACUUUCUGGGGAAGAAGGAAGCUCUGGGACUGUUCGAAAGCAAUCUUCAUUAUCAUACGCUGGACUUGUCACAGCCUCUCCCUUAAUUGGCUUGCCAGAAAUUUCACAACUUGGAUGGGGCCACUGGUUUACACUUAGGGAUCUUGAGUUUGCUACAAAUCGUUUUGCAGCAGAGAAUGUGCUUGGUGAGGGUGGAUAUGGGGUUGUUUACAAGGGUAGACUAAUAAAUGGAACUGAGGUAGCGGUAAAGAAGCUUCUUAACAACCUGGGACAGGCAGAGAAGGAAUUUAGGGUUGAAGUGGAGGCUAUUGGUCAUGUUCGACAUAAGAAUCUUGUACGGCUACUUGGCUACUGCAUCGAAGGAGUUCACAGGAUGCUGGUGUAUGAAUAUGUGAAUAAUGGGAACUUAGAACAAUGGCUGCAUGGGGCAAUGCAACAUCAUGGUACGCUUACUUGGGAGGCACGCAUGAAGGUCCUUCUGGGUACUGCUAGGGCGCUUGCUUAUUUGCAUGAAGCAAUAGAACCAAAGGUUGUUCACCGAGACAUAAAAUCCAGCAAUAUUUUGAUUGACAAUGAGUUUAAUGCCAAGGUCUCUGAUUUU